ACCCUACCCCCGACCCGGUAAUUCCCGGAAACUACCAAAAUGCCACUCUUCUACUCCAAAUUCGCGCCGCUGAUCCCCCGCCUCCGCCGCCUCUCCACGGCGACGGCGACCGCCGCCGGCGAGGACCCUAAGCUGUCGCGCAUAGCUGAUGACCUCAUGGCCCUCUCCUCGACCGAGCUGGACGACUACUCGGCACUCAUGCGCCUCAAGCUCCGCCUCUCGCUCACCUCCAGCGCGGCUGCCGGCGUCGGCCCUGGCGCGGCCGGAGACGCGGCCUCCGGGUCCGCGGGCGCCGAGGAGGCCGCGGCGGUGAAGACGGCGUUCGACGUGAAGAUCGAGAAGUACGACGCCGCGGCGAAGAUUAAGAUCAUCAAGGAGGUCCGCGCGAUGACGGACCUGGGGCUGAAGGAGGCCAAGGAGCUGGUGGAGAAGGCGCCCGUCGUGGUGCGCGCGGGCCUUCCCAAGGAGGAGGCUGAGGCGCUGGCUGCUAAGCUCAAGGCCGCCGGGGCCGCCGUUGCGCUGGAGUGAUCCGGAGCGAGCGAAAGGUGUUCCCCUUUUCGGUUCCUAGAUGAUGCAGCGUCUGUCUAUCUGUGUGUGUUUUAAUUUGUUUAAAUUGGAUUUUGUUGGGAUUGGCGCAAUCGGGUAGGGGUGCAAGAAGAUGCAGGAUUUGCUUGCAUUGUUGUAGCUUAUGACUAGCCUCGAAGCAUAAUCACUGAUAUAUCUUCCUGAACCACGCAAUAAGGUGAUGAUGUGCUGUGUUCUUACUAACCUGGAUUGAACAUUUCAAUAGCCACCUUGACUAGUGUGAGGGUAUACAGAUAUGCAAUUCUUGUUGGCAUCAGUGCAUGAAAAUGGUUAUCCUACAGAUCCAAGUAGCUCUUCUUGAACUAAAGGUAGAUGCCAUUGAUAGAUCACACAUUUAACAGUUGUCUACAGUUUGCAUAAUUUAGUGAUUAGUCCAAAGACAUAUGGCUUAUAGUUUAGUCCAUACACAUAUGGCUUGUAUGAUGAUUCUGCGGUUACAAAAUAAUAAAGCAAGACAUUAUAUCA